GAAAAGAAACAGACCAGCAUGUCCUAUCCUCAGGGCAACACUGGUCCGGCUAAUGGAUUGAAUUACAAUAUGCCUAACGGAUCUCAAUCCUUAUCAUCCACUCCUCGUGCAACUCGUCCACCCCCCAAAGCUUCACAGAUGUCAUCCUUCGGAAUCUCGAACGGAUCUUCCCGAGGUAGCUUUGGUGGAUACGACGACACGAAUGAGACUAAUCCAUCGCAACAAGAGGAAUACCCACCCCAGAUCUAUCGCGCUGUUUACUCGAAUGUUCCUGUUUACGAGAUGGAAGUCAAAGGAAUUGCGGUUAUGAAGCGAAGGUCGGAUUCAUGGUUAAAUGCAACUCAGAUUCUGAAGGUGGCCGGUAUUGUAAAAGCUCGGCGAACUAAGACACUUGAGAAGGAAAUCACUGCCGGCAAGCACGAAAAGGUUCAAGGCGGCUAUGGAAAGUACCAAGGUACCUGGGUUGGCUACCAAAGAGGUGUUGAUCUAUGCAGAGAAUACAAUGUCGAAGACAUCAUGCGACCUCUGUUGGAAUAUGACAUGACCCCCUCUGGGACUGUCAAAGGAGACUUGGACACACCCACUAAGGAACAAGCAAUGGCAGCACAGCGCAAGCGACUCUAUAGUGGUGUUGAGAGUCGUGGCUCUUCUCAACCUCAGCAGGGAACGUUUUUCCAGAACAUCUCGCGGACUGCCGCCACUGCUGUGACUGCUCUCAGUAAAGCCCGAUUUGAAUCGCCGAGCGCCAACAGCCGACGACCCAGUGUCGCUCGCAAGCCAUCGCAGCAAGGUAGCCAAGAAUCUCAAAUAGCCUUUAGCAGCCAACAGAGCAUGUACAGCAUGUCUGAUAACGGGUUUGCUAGCCAACAACAGCGCUACCUCGCACUUGAUGACCAUGAGGAAAUUACUGAACCACCUCGCAAACGUGUUCGUUCGGCAUCAAACCUUGGCCAACCAAUUGGCCUACCUCAGGAGCAUUCCAACUUGUCUAUGCAUGAACCUACUCCUACGGAGCCGAAUGAUUCAUUUUACCAAGAUAUAGAUAUGCCACCACCUCCGCUAGACGAUGGUCAGAGACGGGGAAUUGUGGCUCUGGCGCCCCCAUCUACACCUGGCAGAUUUUCAAAAAUGCGUCUGCUUUUUACAUUGUUCGCUGACAAAACGACAAAAGAUUUUACCAAUCAUCCGGCUUUUAAGCAAUUGAGUGGAGAGGAUCUUGAGAUUCCGCUUGACGAAUACAGAAACACACCUCUUCAUUGGGCUGCAAUGCUCGCACGGAUUCCGGUAGUCAACAUGCUGUUAGCCCAUGGGGCUUGCAUCGACCGUGUCAAUAGUGCCGGAGAGACUGCUCUACACAAGGCAGUGGGGACUCGUAAUAAUCUUGACUACAGAAGUUUCCCCCGCUUACUCCAGAUUCUGUCACCCACGAUCGAUAUGGUCGACUACAGUGGACGAACCAUUUUGCACCAUAUUGCUGUUAUGGCGGCGACUGGUGGCGGAGGGCAUGUUUCUGCGAAGCAUUAUCUUGAAUGCUUAUUGGAGUUUAUAAUUCGUCAUGGAGGGCGUUCGUCGAGCACCAAUGAAGAUCAAGCUCAGAACGGAUCGCCGGUCCUUUCGUUGGGAAGAUUCAUCUCGGAAAUUGUCAACGUGCGCGACGACCAGGGCGACACCGCCCUAAAUAUCGCCGGACGUGCGCGGUCAAUUCUUGUCCCGCAACUCCUUGAAAUUGGCGCUGAUCCUCACAUCCCUAAUCACACUGGCCUUCGGCCUGCGGACUAUGGAGUUGGCGUCGACAUGGCUGAUGGUACUGCGCAAUCACAGCAAGCCGGAGGUCGGGACGAUACAUUCACCGACCAGCUGGUGAAAUCUAAGAAGGAGAUUCUCCACGCGGCAAUGACUCAAGUGGGCUCGAUGGUUGAAGAGGCACUCUCGGGAAUGGAUCGUGAGUUGACCUCAAGUUUGAAUUCUAAACAAGAGAAGUUUGAUCACUGGCAUGGUAAGAUUCGUGAUUCGGCCAAGGCACGUCAAUCAGAACAAAAGGAGUUAGACGAAUUAAAGCAAAAAUUCUCCGAGCGAGUGGAACUUGACCAACGCCUGAAGAGCCUGCUUCAGGCCCGCGAACGUCUUCUUGGUACCGUUAAAAAUACGUCAGGAGCAGACAUUGACACCCUGAAAGUCGUUGUCAUGGGUGAUGCCGACAAGGCCUCGGGAGUGGACGUGACCGCAUUUCAAGCAUUAUUUAGUGGUACAUUUGAUCCUUCAUCUGGAUUCUCCGAUCAGCAGAUCGCCUUCUUAACCACACUAUCACCCCCGGAUGUUCUCAAGCGUCGGAUCGGACUCUACCAGGAGCUUACUGCCGAGACAACCGCUGAAAUCGCGAGUCUGAAAGCGAAGAACGCAAUUUUGGGUGAGGCCUAUCGCCGAGUGGUAAUGGCAUGCACCAAGUGGAGUGCAGAGGAAGUGGAUAACGCAGCAGAGGGCUUGGCCCGGUGUGUUAAAGAGUUGAAUGACAACCCUGUGCCCGAGGAUGAGGCUUACGAACUCCUUAUGCGCGAUCGAGGUCAAGAUUGGUAG